AUGGACACUACACAAUUAAAAGGUCAUGUCAGAUCCACUCUCUUGGGUAUUCAUGAACUUGAACAUUUUAAAAAUAUAAGGGGCCCAGGCGAUAGGACUGACAUGGACCAUUCGUUGAAGGCUUUGGUGUACAAGUAUCUGUAUUUUGCAAUCAGUGACCAAGGUGCACAACUUCCUAAGCUUUUCCCGGGUCGGUCCGAUUUUCCAGUAUCCUUUGAUCAAGCUUUGGACGUCAACUACAAGGAGGACUAUUAUAAAGUCAGUAGUCAAACUGUAUCAAAGAGUAAGCAAUUUAGACAUAAAGGCAGAAAUUGUGGCAGAAAGUUCCGAUUGGGCGAACCCCUUUAUAGGUGCCAGGAGUGCGGCUACGAUGAUACAUGUGUCCUCUGUAUCAACUGUUUUAACCCAAAAGAUCAUGAGGGCCACCAUAUAUAUACGGAUAUCUGCAAUGAUUUUACAAGCGGUAUCUGUGACUGUGGCGAUGAGGAGGCAUGGUUGAGUCCACUCCAUUGUAAAGCUGAGGAAGAUGGUGAGGACGAGAUUAUGGACUCCGAUGACGCUGAGUUUGACGAGGAGAUUAUAGAAUCGGUGCUGAUGGAGAUAUUCGAUUAUAUCAUCGAUUUGUUCAACCAAAAUUUUGAACCAUUGCCAACUUUCACAAAAGAGAUCACAUUUAAACUAAGGGAAUUUGUUCAAAAGGAAAAUAAGAGCCAAAUAGACGAGCUACUGAACGAUGUGGCCUACAAGAAUGAACGUAUUGCAACCCCAGAAGCGCCCAGUAACUACACUGUGAUGAUAUACAACGAUGAGUACCACAAUUACUCGCAAGCAAGUAUGGCACUCAGACAAGGUGUCCCAGAUAAUAUACAUACUGAUCUUCUUACUUCUAGGAUAGAUAGUGAGGGGAGAGCCAUGCUAAAGUGUGCGGAGGACAUUAGCAGUCUGAUGGAUGGGUACUUCGCUGUACAGACCAACGGAUUAAGCGCAACGAUGACAUCGUGGACAGAAUAUGUUCAUCAGGAAACAGCAAAAUACCUCAUCUUUUGGUGUAAUCAUUGCCUAACUAUCCCAAACCCAGACUUCCAGCAUGCUUUCAGGAAUGCCCUUGGUAAGGUACUGUGUGACGAGUACACUAAGGCAAGUGUGUCCAUUAACAUGACAAGCUCAAUUGAGAAAUAUUUCGCCGAAAAAAUACCUCUUAGCAACCCUUAUAGAUUCUUGGAUGUGUCAUUGUUGAACGAAAAAAAUGGUAUUCCAUUAGGUCAUCAUAAACGUCUCGCGGCAUCAAGUCUGGAUCAGAUAUCAAAUACGUUAAAUGAAUACGAACAAGGAACGGAAAGGACAUACUUUAACUCAAGAUUGCAGUAUAUCUUGUUUUUCGAUAACAGGUAUUGGAAAAAACUAAGAAAGGAGUUGCAAAAUCUGAUAAUCCCAACGCUUUCUUCAUCGAUAAUUUACAAACCUAUUUUCUGUGAGAAUGUGGUCCAAAUAUUCAACCACAUCAGUAGGUCGAUAACUUUUAUGGACAGAGAGCCCCAGUUAACUGCCCUGAGAGAGUGCAUUGUUCAAUUAUUUACCUGUCCAACAAAUGCGAUGAUGAUAUUCACACAUAAGAACAAUUACUUUACCGAUAUUAUGUGGUCGAUUAUCGAUAUUUUUGUCGAUUUUUGUAAACUUGAAAACGGUAAUCUGGUUUGGCAAAGAGUCCAAAGAACAAACCCGACCAAAAGUUUUAACAUUUCGUUUAAACAAGCACUCUACACUGUGGAAAUUUUGUUGAGUAAAGUUGAUAACCCAAGCAUCAUACUACAACCUGCGGAAUUCAUAUCGAUCGUUACGUUGUGCAAAUUCUUCAAUGGUGCCUGGAAAAUCAAACGCAAGGAGGGUGAGCAUGUCUUACACGAAGAUCAGCAUUUUAUUCCGUAUCUGGAAUUUACCACUUCUGUUUACUCCAUCAUUCAAACAAUUGACAAUAGUCUAACGAAUCAUGGUUGCGAUGAACGGCUGCUAACAAACGCCAUCCGAUUAAUGAACUCGUUUUUGAGUCACAAAUCUCUGACCUACAAACUGACAAAUGGUUCCCAUGAGAUCGUCAAAUUCAGUGUCAGCUCUGAAAGAGUUGCAUUCAUGAACCCCAUCCUAAACUUUUUUUUCCUUUUGAUAGAGAAAGUUCCCUUGUCCAAAGCAUAUGAAACCAUAGUUUAUCAGGAUGCAUCACCCGAUCAACAACAAAAUAAUGAAGCAUAUAACGAUGCGAAAGAUGAUUUUGACUUUUUGAAAAUAUCAGAUUUUGCCCUGAGGUCCGUUGUGUUAUGUUCCCAAAUCGACAUUGGGUUUUGGGUGCGAAAUGGUAUGUCGGUGCUUCAUCAAGCAUCCUACUAUAAGAAUAAUCCGGAAUUGAACUCCUACUCCAGGGAUAUUCAUCUUAAUCAACUAGCUUUCUUGUGGGAAUUUGAUGAUACGCCACGUGUUAUCUAUAAUAUGUUAGACAGAUGGGAACUUUUGGCAUGGUUUAAUGGGGAAGUUUCUUUCAAACAAACGGUAUAUGGAGAUAAGAUAUCCUUGAUGAUUCAACAGUUUUUGUCCUUUGUUUAUCAAGUUUUGACAGAAAGACAAUUUUUCCAAACAUUUGACUCCGUCUCGGAAAAGAAGAUGCAUCAAAUCAAAGAGGCAAUAAUUUACAACCUGUAUGCCAAGCCGCUUCCUUAUUCGAAGUUACUUAGAUUGGUACCUGAUUACUUUACAGAGAAUUCAGCGAACUUUGAUGCAGCUUUGAGUGAAGUUUCGAACUUUAUUGAGCCAAGAGGUCUGGCUGAUAAUGGUGUGUUUAAGUUAAAGGAAAUUUUCUAUUCCAAGAUUGACCCACUGAAACUUCUAAACCUUGGAAAUGAGUUUGAAAGUAGCGCAACUAUCAUUAAAACGCAUUUGGCUAAGGGCAAAAAGGAUGAGGUUACUAAGGUCGUACUACAGCCACAACUGAUCUCACCUAAGCAUAUGGAUGAAGGGGCAAGGAACUUGGGCUUUUUCACUAAGGGUCCGGUUUUUGUUAAAAUAGUCUACAAAUUAUUACAAACUGCAUUAGACAAUAAAGAUGGGGCAUAUUUGAAUGAAUUGCUUCACCUUAUCCAUGCUAUAUUUAAGGACGACGAAUUAUUGAAUGGGAAAGAUUCUCUGAUAGAAUGCUACAUUAACUUACCCAUAUGCAGUCUGCUGUUGGCUAUCAUCAAUAGCAAAAGUGAAACAUUUUCUGAGCAUAUUGUCAACAAGGCAGACUAUCUACUGGAAAGAAUGAUUAUCAAAAAGUCCCCGGAGAUUUUUGAAUCCUUGAUAACCUCAUUUGGCUCUAGUUGUGUUGAAGAAUAUAAAUCUAGGAAAUUGAACCAAGGAGUUAAUUUGGAAGAGAGUGAGCGUGAAAAAAGAAGGAGGCUUGCCAAAAAACACCAAGCAAAGAUGCUAGCCAAGUUUAAUAAUCUUCAGAGCAAGUUUAUGAAGGAAAACGAGGAUGAAUUUGAUGGGAUAAACGAUUCUGUUGAAGUAGACGGUGAUAUUGAUAUGAUUACAGGGGAGAAGAGUAUCGAGGUGAAUGAGUUCACCUGCUCUUUGUGUCAAGAUGAUAAAUCUGAGGAUGUUUUCGUCAUCCCGGCGUACCACGAUUACUCACCAAUUUUCAGAGGGUGUGAUAUUACAGACCCUUCUCAAUUUGCGCAGCCUUGGAAAGGUUUUCAAAAUAAUGCAGAACUUGCUGUCAAUAGUUCGGAGCACGAUGUAAAGUCCCUUCAGGACGACAGUUCGGUGAACUUGAGAAAAGUAUUCGUCUCUUGUAACCACCAUAUUCAUCAUAACUGUUUCAGGCGUUACAUACAGAAAAAGAGGUUUUCAUCAACAGCAUUCAUCUGUCCAUUAUGCCAAUCGUUCUCUAACUGCAUACUACCAAUCCAUUCUACUUCGAAAGUUAAUACUGGUUUAAGUGUUGAUUCCUUUUUAAACGAGGAAAUAUCUGUCACUCUUUUGGCCCGUACUUUAAAGACACUGAGUGCCGUCGACUUCAAGAAUCUGAUUUCUAUAUUUGAUCUGGUCUAUUCUGACUGUCUAUCUUUUAAUAGAGAUUAUAGGAAAACAGAUGGUUUCAAGGAUCAAGACACCGCCCUAGUGCUAGCACAAUUCUGGGCCAACACCAUCUCGAUGUUGGAGAUUUCGUCUCGGUUAGAUAGCAAGCCACAUGCAGAGUUUCUCACGGGCCGGGAGCAGAAAUACAAAACGCUGGGGAAUAUCUUGGUUUGUAUCAUUUUGCAGUGUUACACGAUGGGUCUUCCAAAUCUGAAAUUUGAACCAUUUACAGCCGAGAAUGCCAAUGCAUAUAACUACAAUGCUUUGUUCCAGUUUAUUGUGAGGGAGUGUCUAUUUGGUGGGAGACCGAUGCGUAGUGUUAUAUCCGAAGGUCUACGCGUAUAUGCGUGGCAAGUUACCGCUCAGUUCUUAUUUGCGGAGAGCGAUAAAGACAUUAAUGAGAAAUAUGAAAGGGCGUCAGCUAAUGGAGCGAAAUUCUUCCCCAUCAAUACCGAGAUUAAUAGCUUGCUUGGACAGUUAUUACUGAGGGAUGACAACAGAAAUCUACAGGAUCGCGAAAAAGUGUGCUCUAUGGCUUACACUAGUACUCUGAGACACAUAGUCCCGACAUUGAGAAGGUGUUUAAUUAUGCUAAAAGUGUUGCAUAAUGUCUUGGAGGAAGAUAAUACAGCAGUUUUCACCGUAAAAGGUGUCGACGUGGAAUCAACUUUGAAGUUAGAAGAAACGAUGGAACUUCCCGCGUAUGUCGAUUGGAUGCUUGGUCUCAUGACGUCAUACGAUUCCUUUGGUGACCUUUUGAGGAAUGCCCUUCGUUGCAAUGUAGACAACGAUUUGAAUAUUGCCCCAAUGUUGCGGCGUUUGCCUCAUGAGCAUUGUGGUUUGGUCAAACUGGUUGACCUAUCCACCUAUUUGAACACUUACGUCACGAACACGAGGGAAAUCAAGUUGAGGGAGGAGAACCAGUAUAUCAAGAACGCGAAGAAUAGAUUAGAUUUCAAGAUUUGCCUGACAUGUGGUGUCAAGAUAUACCAAAGAACUGAUCACCACGAGAUGACACGCCAUUUGAAUAAGAACUGUUUCAAGUCGUUUGGUGUUUUCUUAAUACCAAACACUUCAGAGGUGUGUCUUAUCUUGACCAACCCUCCAUCCCAUAUCUUUAUCUCUGCACCAUACCUGAACUCCCAUGGGGAGACCGGGAGGAACGCGAUGAAGCGUGGGGAUCUGACCACUCUAAGUUUGAAACGGUAUGAGCACCUGAACCGACUUUGGAUCAACAACGAAAUUCCCGGGUACAUUAGCAGGGUGAUGGGUGAUGAGUUCAGAGUGAGUAUCCUGUCUAACGGUUUCUUAUUUGCAUUUAACAGAGAUCCAAGGAUAAGAAGGGCGCCCUUUGCGGGAAGAACUACUGAAGACGAAGAUGACGAUGACGGUGCCAUGGAUGAUGAAGACGAUGAGGACGAUGAUGCAGGCGCCUUCGGAGAUUACUACGCGGAGGACGAUCGUGAUAAUGACGUCCUGGACGAUGAGAGGUUCAUCGGCGGUAUGGGCGGUCCCAAUGGAGGUGCCGGCGGUGACGUUCGUGAUUUUUUCCAGAUCUUCGAGAACUUUAGAAACGUCAUGGGUGAGGCAGUUGAGGGCGAAGGUGAGGGCGAUGAGGAGCGCGAGCCCGGUAUUAACUUCACUGCACCAUUGAUCCAGCUUCUCGGACCACCGUUGCGGAGAGCGUUCAACACCAAUGCUGGUGCCAACGUCGAUUCCGAUGCUGACGCGGAUGCUGAUGCCAACACGGACCCGAUGCAAGAGGAGCAACCGGAGGACGAUGACCAGGGCGACCGUGACGGUGAUCAGGGCGACGACUCGAGAACGGUCUUCUGA